UCACAGCAUCGCAGCCUGAUCCGUGCUCCCUCGUGUCAGGUACACGCCGAGGGCGGCGGGGAAAACACAUCUAAACAUUAAUGCACGCAUACCCACAUAUGUACACAUACGUAUACACAUGUGUACCUUUCUGCCGCUUGUCUGGUGUGUAUGCCCGUUCAGAUGGCCCGUUGCACUGCCUGAAGGCCUCCCCGCCUCUCUCUUCGUCCGCCAGCCCCCCUCCCCUCUCCCUCUCCACCACCCCACACACCAGCGACACCCUCAUGAUGAUGGACGCGACAGAGUAUGUGAUGAUUCCGCAAGGAGGCAGGAAACAGGCCCGGUAAGCGGAGAUCCCCUCUCGUCUCAUCGAUGACCUCAACAAACAGAGGCCCACGUCCAGCCGGGAGACCACCAAGAGCUGGAUAGAGGGCGGAUGGACCGCGCUCAGCCGGGCCGGCCUUGUGGGGUGGGUCAAGCGCCACUGGUGCGUGUAUGAGCCUUUUUUCCCGACCAAGCCCACCGGCGACCGCACUGUUGUCACUCAACCACGACGAAUGCCCGCAGAUUUGGUCGACGAGCUGGUGGAUGUCGCUGACAAGAGGGUCAAGGUCCUCCAGGAUGACGACAGCGCCGACGGCGACGCCGACGAGGACCAGCCGGCCAGCCAGGCGUCGGAUGCGUCAUCGAUCGCUGAGCCGGACCGUCUGGAGAAGGACGAGAUACGGCACAGGGUCCUCAUGGCCCUCGAGAAAGACUUCCCCUUUCGCCCUUUGUCGCAGCUGAAGCUCUCGUCUCACCUCCAGAAAGAGGUCGGGCGCUUCCAGAAAUGGAUCCCCAGUAUAUCCGUCGCUGGUCGCAACUUCCAGGUGGGUGAGGGCGAGGGAGGCAGAGAGACACCUGGACGCUGCUACAUAUGUGCUCAUGUGUUGCUUCAGGCGCCGUUUCCUCUUCCCCCGCUGCCGCCGCCACCACCAGGACCCCUCCACAGUCGACGGCUCUCCCGCCACCCACUGUUCGACCGCCUCGUCCUCAGCUGCCCCCUUCUGCCGCAGCAGCUGCUGCCCCGGCCGGCCCACCACGCAACGCAGAGGGUCUUGAGGAGCACGAUUUCUCCUCCCCACCUCCGUCACCUGCCUCCCCACCACCGGGCGCGCCGCUCCCCCGAGCGAUGACGAAUUCGAUGAAUUCGACGCUGGCAGCGUUGUGCCUGAGGACGAUGCCUCCGUGCAGGACGACGACAUGGACGCCGCCGAUGAAGAGCCUGCUCUGGCUGAUGACCUGGAUACGGCAGACGACGAGCAACAGCUGCCUCUGCAGGGGGAGGAUGGGAUGUCGCACAUCACAUCCGGCAAAUUCGAGGUCGUCCGUCGCAUCGAGGAGGGGAGAGACGACAGGAACACGGGCAUCUGGGUGACUGAGAUACUCGAAAAGAG